AUGGAGGACAACAAAAUCAAGGCGUAUCGCCUCAUCGGCUAUGCCGCAGUUUCGCUCAGUGCUGUCGGAAUCGUUUCGGUGUGCAUCACCCUUCCUUUGGUGUAUUCCUAUGUGAACAACCUCAAGGCUCAGAUGCACGCCGAUUUGAGACAGUGCCGUGAGACGGUCAACUCGGUCUAUGCCUCAGCGGUUGCAAUGCCAGCACUUCCAGCUAGCCGAAAUCGUACUGCUCGUGACGCCGGUUACGAGACCGAGGAUGCCGCUGUUGUCGGUUACAGCAGGGACGGAACCUGCGAUGGAUGCUGUCUCCCAGGUGCACCAGGACCUGUCGGACCAGCUGGUCGCCCUGGAAGACCGGGACGUCCAGGAGCACCAGGAGUUCCAGGAAAUCCAGGCAAAGCUCCUGUGGGACCAUGUGAGCCACUACCUCCUCCACCAUGCCCAGCAUGCCCGGCUGGACCGGCUGGACCACCAGGAGCCCCAGGACAGCCAGGACGCGAAGGACCACCAGGAGCUCCAGGACACGAUGGACCAAAUGGCGGACCUGGACCUUCAGGACCACAAGGACCAAAUGGACCAAAUGGACAUCCAGGAAACUCUGGACCAUCAGGACCACCAGGAGGACCAGGACGUUCGGACAAUCCAAAGCCAGGAAAGCCAGGAACUCCAGGACGUCCAGGACCAAAGGGACCACGUGGACCAGCUGGACUACCAGGAACCGAUGGAGGACGUGGACAACCUGGAAGUCGUGGACCAGCUGGUCGGCCAGGAAAGCCAGGACUCGACGGAGUUCCAGGUCAGCCGGGACUGCCAGGAAACGACGGAACCCCAGGAGAACAAGGAAUCUGCCCCAAGUACUGCGCCAUCGAUGGCGGAGUCUUCUUCGAGGACGGCACUCGUCGUUAA